AUGGAAAAAAAGUUAAGAGCUGCCUUCUCUGAAAUAUGGUCCAGGACCAGAAUACCACUUUCAACACUUUUACUCAUCAUGGAACUAGAAGUCCUAGCCAGAGCUAUUAGCCCUGACCACAGAGUGUCAGAAACCUUGCCAAGUCUCUACAGCCCGGUCGCCGGCACUGUGUGUCUGAAACCCGCGCUUCAGCUUCCUACCUUGUCUGGUAUUUCUACCUCGAUAGUCUAUUUGGAUGUGAGAGGGCGGGGUUCGGGGAGGGGGAGCCUUCGCGGUCCUCGUCCGGUCUUUCCGGCCGCCGUUCCCAUCUCGGCCCCGGUCCCCGUCGUGCGGCGCAGCGUGGAGAUGCCCGGCCGUGGGGUGCGCGCCGACGACCGCGCUGCACCCGUGCCCGCCCCGGACCGCGCUGCACCCGUGCCGGCCCCCGACCGCACUGCGCCCGCGCCCGCCCACACUUCGACGGCUGCAAACACCGAGGCCCUCAGCAGCAAGAUUAAAGAACAAAAAAUUCUUGUGGAUGAACUUUCUAACCUGAAGAAGAAUCGGAAAGUAUACAAGCAACAACCAAACAGCAACAUAUUCUUUAUUGCAGAUCGAACAAAAAUGUUUUCUGAAAGCAAAAAUACAUUAGAUGAACUAAUAAGAGAAUACCAAGCAUUAGAAAACUCAGAGACAACCGAAGUCAAGACCCAGUCGCCCUGACUUCACAGAACCAUGUGUGG